GCCUCGCCGGGUCCCCGCGCAUGGGGGGCCGCCCCGGACAUGGUCUUCUCCCCGCCGGCGGCGCCGCUCGGCUUCGCUCUGCUGCUGCUGGCGGCCGCGGGAAGGUCCCUCCCCGUGAGGCGGAGUUCGGAUGGGUCCCUCUCUGGGGUUAUGCAGAAGUGGAAGGAGUAUCAGCUCCAGUGCCUGAAAUACUUGUAUGAGGCACCCCCCAUUGCAGCAGAAGGCAAGUUCUGCAACAGAACGUUUGACAACUAUGCCUGCUGGCCAGACGGACUGCCUGGCACCUACGUGAAUGUCAGCUGCCCCUGGUAUCUCCCCUGGGCUAAUGCAGUGCUGCAUGGGCAGGUGUACCGGUUUUGCACCCUGGAGGGGACGUGGCUGCUGAAGGAGAAUUCAACCCUGCCCUGGAGGAACCUGUCUGAGUGCGAAGCCUCUGACCAGGAUGCACCAGAGGAACAGCUCCUGAAUUUGUCCAUCAUAUACACCAUUGGAUAUGCUCUUUCCUUCUCUGCCCUUGUAAUAGCAACUGCCAUUCUUCUUGGAUUCAGACAUCUGCAUUGCACGAGGAAUUAUAUCCACCUGAACCUCUUCACCUCUUUUAUCCUCCGGGCUAUAUCUGUCUUCAUUAAAGACUCAGUGGUCAAGUGGAUGUACAGCACAGCCACGCAAGAGCACCAGUGGGAAGGACUUAUUUCCUUCCAGGAAUCACUCAGCUGCCGCUUGGUCUUUGUGAUGAUGCAGUAUUGUGUGGCGGCGAACUACUACUGGUUGCUGGUGGAAGGCAUGUACCUGUACACGCUGCUGGUACUUUCAGUCUUUUCUGAGCAGAGAAUUUUUCGACUUUAUCUCUGCAUUGGCUGGGGUGUGCCAAUGCUGUUUGUUAUCCUCUGGGGAACUGUCAAGUACCUUUAUGAAGAUGAGGGUUGCUGGACCAGAAACUAUAACAUGAAUUACUGGCUGAUCAUCAGACUGCCCAUUCUCAUCGCCAUCGGGGUAAAUUUCCUGAUCUUUAUCAGAGUUAUAUGCAUCAUCAUCUCCAAACUGCAGGCUAAUUUGAUGUGCAAAACUGACAUAAAAUGCAGGCUGGCCAAGUCUACGUUGACUCUGAUCCCACUGCUGGGAACCCAUGAGGUCAUCUUUGCCUUUAUUACUGAUGAGCAUGCCAGAGGGAUGCUGCGCUUUGUGAAGCUUUUUACUGAACUCUCCUUCGCUUCUUUCCAGGGGCUGAUGGUUGCAAUUCUCUACUGUUUCAUCAAUAAUGAGGACUGCCUCCCAGGUUCAGUAUUUCACAAGGAACAAGCAAGGAAGACAAUAUACAGCAGCUGGUUCCCUAGGAAGUUUCUCUCAGAGUAUGAAGGUUUCAGCAGCCUGGGUAUGAUGACAAGCCUGCGCUGGAACUGCCAUCAACCUAUUCAGUCUCUUGGUUCAGAUGGAGUUUCGGAAAAGCUGGGAGCGCUGGAGAUUGGAACAUUUGUAUGUCCAGAGAGACAGCAGUAUGAAACCUCUGAAGUGCCCGGCCAACAGCAUCAGUAG